GCUGAGCUCUAUGGUCUCCCAAAAACACAUAAGCCAGACGCACCACUCAGACCUAUCGUCUCAGCAUGCGGAGACCCCCUGGACAAGUUAGCAUGGCUUCUGGAAAGGAUAAUUACGCAGCUACUGACCUUUGUGCCGGCCCAUUUGACAAACACAGACGACUAUCUAGACAGACUACGGACCCAGUUUCCCCAAGGACUGCCAAAAGAUUGUAUAGUGUUUUCAGUUGACGUGACCAACCUCUACGGAAAUAUUCCCACCCACGAGGCAAUCACAGCUACCUUGAAUCUUAUGAACAGACACUUGGACGAUAUUGACACUUGUGGACUCACUGUAAAGGACAUCGACUCCCUCCUUAGACAUUGUCUCAGCAACAACUACAUUCGAUUUGGUCAAAAAUACUUCAAACAGACAGAGGGAGUGGCGAUGGGAUCCAGGAUCGCCCCACCGCUAGCCAUUAUGUUCAUGGACGCAGUAGAAUCGAUGAUACUCACCUCUCCAAAUUCAAAGUAUCAGCCUAUGACGUACAUGAGAUAUAUCGACGACAUUCUCGGUAUUUGGACACACGGACCGGACAAACUAGACGAAUACUUCCGAUUCCUCAACGACUUUCACCCAGCCCUAAAGUUCACGAUAGAGAGGACCGACCAAACUCCAAACAGAUGCAUACCAUACCUUGACACCAUGAUCAGAGUGAAAGAAGACGGCUCUUACAGCACUGAGCUCUACAUCAAACCUAUGACAGCCCCCAUCAUCAUUCACUACACGUCAGCACACCCGAUGCAAUGCAAACGCUCUGUACUACACUCUCAGCUUCUACGCGCCAAACGACUAGGUUCUGAUAGACAAGCACAAGAACGGGGCAUGGGACUCAUGGAAUCACUGUUCAGACACAAUGGAUACCCGAACAGACUCAUUCAAAGCACUAAACACAAAAUCAUGUAUCACAGACAAAGAUCAAAAAGACGAAACACUAAGCAACGAGACACCGACACGACUUACAUAUCUCUCCCCUACAUAGACGAGACCCUUGCACGACGAGUCAACGGGGUAGUGCGCUCAUGUGGCGUUCAGGCACGUAUCGCGUGGACCAGUGGGAAAACGGUGGCCAAACACAUCGUGAGGUCAGCGCUGGAAAGCCCCCCGUGCCCUGCUGGUGCCAAACGCUGUGCCACAUGCGAAGCAGGGCUCCCAGGCCGCUGUCACAUCAAAAAUGCCGUCUACAAAAUUACAUGUAAUCUUUGUGACAAUGAAAGUACUAUUUACAUUGGCGAAACAAAAAGGCGCAUCCGUGACAGAUUCAAUGAACACUUUCGUGACGCUAAGAACAAGGCAAAAAACACCCCUCUUGGGGAUCACGUUACCCAAAGACACCCAUCAUGUACAAUCACAUCAUCGUCAUUCAAAAUCUCCAUUGAAAGAGUGUGUAAAGACGUCGCUGAUUUAAAAAUAUCCGAAUCAGUGGAAAUAAGGAACCAAAAACCAUGUUUGAACACCCAAACUUCAUCCUGGCCACUUCUGCAGCGUCCAUCGUACACCCCCACAUAACUAUAUUGUACAUAUCCACAAAUUGAUUGUGACAACUACUGUCUGAUUGUGCCGUUGAUUUAGGCUGCGCCAAACAAUGUGAUGAUUCAUGCAGAUUCUAUGUUGUUAUUUUGUAUAUUGUAUAUUGAUCUUGUGUGUUGUAUAUUGUACAUGUAUCCUAGAUAUCAUGGACGGCGCAUCGUUAUUUCGAGAGCCAUGUAUAUAUGAAAUUAUUCUCUCAUCAAGGAGCUGAUUGAAGCGCUGCACGAUUUAUUGAUUGAUGGAAUCGAAUUUUGUUUGUUUGUGUCGACAAUUGUUUCUGUACAUUCUGAAGAUGGCGCAAGCCGAAAUAUAUCAAUGAUUUUGUUUAAUUAUUCAAUUUCAACAAAAAAGUGCAAAGAAUGAGCAUAAGGUUAUUUAUACAUACUUUUCUAAAUAGUAAAUGUAUAAAUUUGUUUUAGAACUCGCAGUGCAAAGGAAGGUAAACAUAUGUUCCGGCAACGAUGGGCUUAUUAUACGAAAUUAAAAGAAACAGUUUGGACGUAGGUAUACCUUCUUGCAAUGGUGUAAAUCAAGGCUAUGUAAACCGUGUAAAUUAAAUAAACGCCGCUAUAAUUUGACAAGCUUGGCAAAUCAUACGUGAUUGAGUCAUAGACGAUAUAGUGCUUAGUGCUUGCUACAGCAAAAAUAUCAAAGGCCAAGCAAGUUAUUUCGCCUUCGGAACUGAAACGUAUGGGCAUUCGUAAACCGUUCACCUGUGACCGCCGUGCGGGUCGGACGGCGCCGGCCGCGCUCCGUGAGCGUCCGAUCUGCUGUGUUUCAGUACAGUGAUACGGCACCUGACUUUUCCACGGUCAUAGUGGGACACUAAGUGUGGUGGUGCUGAGCGGCGUGAUCUUCAAAGGCAGGUAGAGAAGAUGUCUGAUUCGAUGGCAGCCUCACUCAUCGAGUGUUUCGGUAACGACAGAGUCGCAGCGACGCUGAGAAGUGAGAAACCUGCUGACGCCAAUCGUCAACGAAGCGGUGGAGGCUGCCGUAAACGCAGCUAUGGCAUCGAAAGAUGCUGAGAUAAAGGCUCUUAAGGAAGAAGUAGAGAGAGUCACCAGUCAGCUCAACAACAUCGAGCAGUACUCACGGAGACUCUGCGUCAACAUUUCGGGUAUUCCCGAAAACGGCAACGAGGAUGCCAAGUCGAUCGUGUUGGAGCUGUCGGCAAUCACUGGGGCCAACCUCCAGCCCACCGAUAUCGAUGUAGCACAUCGAAUCGGAAAGCAGAAGCCCGGCAAAACUCGCACGAUCAUCGCUCGUUUUGCGACACUGUCCCAGAGGCAGGCGUUCUACAACGCGCGCCGCGCCCUGCGUGGUGCAAGGGCGCCGCCAGGCUCGAAGUUGACGGGUGAUGUACUGGCAAAGACCUUCAUCUCCGACAACCUGACUCAAAAAAAAUGAGUUCCUCAUGUACCAGGCCAGGCAGCUGAAGAAGAAAGGGAAAGUCUUUGCCGCAUGGUCGGACCAAGGAAAGCUCAAAGUAAAGGAAAACCAAGGGGCGUCAACAAAGGUUUUCAAGACGACAGCCGACCUCCGUGCCCUGUGUGGAGACGACCCCGUGCUCGACGAAACUUCUGCACCGGCUCAGCGACCGGAGACCGGCGCCGACGACUCCGGGUAUCGCAGGUCCGGGAGACGGGGUAGCAAGCGUCGUGCCGCUCAGCGCCGCCGUCUGGGGGUCAUGCUCGCCUCCGGUCCCGGCUCUGCUGGGGUCGCCGCUCCCGCGCCCCGGGGGGACGACCUGCACGGAG